CUGUCUUCUUCCUCCAAACGCACGGCCGUGGGAUCAUGCUCGGAAUCAUCGCCAGUCUUCUCCUCCUUUUCCUGGUCACAGACCCUUCUCAGGCGUCUAUCCACUCCGGUCCCAGUGCCAUCAAUGACCUCAAGCACUCGCCAGACUUCAUCAUUGUUGGGGGUGGAACAGCAGGCUCUGUGGUUGCCAACCGACUCUCGGAGAACCCGAAUGUCACCGUGCUGGUGCUGGAAGCAGGGAUCUCGAACGUGGGGAUUCUCAACAUAGAGGUCCCCUUCUACUGCGUCCAAGCGUCUCCCCAGACGUCUGUCGAUUGGAACUUCACGACUGUCCCCCAACCCGCACUCAACAAUCGAUCGGUGGCGUAUCCGCGAGGCUUCGUUCUGGGUGGAAGCUCAUCAACCAAUUAUAUGUUCUACACACGAGGAACUAGAGACGACUAUGAUCGGAUUGCGAAUGUAACUGAAGACGAGGGCUGGUCUUGGGAUCACCUCUUUCCGUACAUGCUCAAGAGCGAGCGGUGGACGGCACCCUCAGACGGCCACAACACGACGGGCCAGUUCAAUCCUUUGGUGCACGGAUCUUCAGGCAUCAAUUCCGUGGCCCUGAGCGGUUUCCCGUCCGACAUCGACUCUCGAGUUAUUGCCGCGACUAAAGAGGUAACGGGUAUGCCGUUCAAUCUGGACAUGAACUCGGGCAAUCCACUGGGGAUAGGAUGGAAGCAAGACACCGCUGCGAACGGUCUCAGAAGUAGCGCUGCGACAUCCUAUCUCGCACCCAACUUCAUCAACCGACCCAAUCUUCACGUUGUUCUCAACACUCGAGUCACACGCGUUCUUUCGCAUAAAGACGCGUCGUCGUUCACGACCGUGGAGUACAUCACAGCCCAAGGGAACCGAUCCACCAUUACAGCAGGAAAGGAGGUGAUCCUCUCUGCCGGCGCUGUAGGCACUCCGCAUAUCUUGCUUCACUCGGGGAUCGGGGAUGCCCACGCACUUUCGAAGCUCGGUAUCCGGCCCGUGCACAAUCUACCCUCUGUCGGCCAAAAUCUCACGGACCAUCCUGCCCUGCACACGUUGUGGCUGGUGAACUCGACCAACACGUACGAGACCCUGAAACGGAACGCCACCGUCGCUGUGGCGGCACUCGCAGAGUGGACUCAGAUGAAGCAGGGUCCACUGGUCACUGGCCCCGGAAGCCACAUUGGCUGGGCACGUGUCUCAGGCAACGAUUCGACAAUCUUCGACAACACCGCUGACUCUUCUGCGGGUCCAACCUCGCCGCACUUCGAGCUCAUUUUUGCGCCUGGUUCUUUGGGACCUCCUCCUCCGACCGGAAACUUGAUGGGUUGCGCUUCGAUCGUUGUUUCUCCUUCAUCCCGUGGUUCGAUCACACUCAACUCCUCCGACCCGCUCGUUCCUCCGGUAAUCGACCCGGCUUUGCUCAAGACUGACUACGACAUGGCAGUAAUGCGCGCCUCACUGCGCAUGGCCACCCGCUUCGCCGCGGCGCCUGCCUUCUCCGACUACGUCAUCGCACAGCAGGGCUACAGCCCCACGGCCACCGACGCCGAGCUGGACACGUUCAUCCGCGACCAAGCGGGGUCCAUAUUCCAUCCCGUUGGCACCGCGGCGAUGACCAAGCGAGGAGCGCACUACGGUGUUGUGGAUCCGGAUUUGUUGGUGAAGGGACUGGAGGCGUUGCGGGUUGUUGAUUUGUCCGUCUUGCCAUUCGUUCCUGCUGCGCACACUCAAGCCGCGGCAUAUUUCAUCGGAGAAAGGGCCUCCGAUUUGAUCAAAGCUCAGCACAGCCUGUGAGGCCCGACGGGGUUUGGUGGAACUCAUGCAUGCAUACGCUCAUUUCCUGGACUCCCUAAGAUGGUAGACUUUGUGAAAUCAAUUCCUGUUCCUCUCA